AUGGGGGGUAAGAGGGGAGAUAAAAGCGGAGACAGAGCACUUGCGUUUGCUGAGGAGGAGCAGACAACGUAUGGCCAAAUAAUUGCACCGCUUGGACAGUGUAUGUUCAGAGUAAACUGCUCUGAUGGCGUUGCAAGGAUAGCAAAGAUACGUGGAAGAGAUUAUAGAAGAGUUAGGAUGGGACCUGGCGACAUAGUGCUGCUACGCAUAAGAGAUGGCGAUGAUAAGAAGGCAGACAUCGAUAGGAAAUACAUGCCCAAGGAAAUCAAGAUCCUGAAGGACGAUGGCGAGAUAAAAGAUGAUACCUUCUCAAUAGAUGAUCAGGGAUUUGCAUUGAUUGACUUUGAAGAAAUGCUUUAG